UCUCUCUCUCUCUCUCCUCCUGCUUGUCCCGUCCCUCGCCGCCUUUUGGACACCGUCUCUCGCUCGCCGCCCAGCGAUCCCUCUGGCUUCGCGGAGGGGAGCAUCAGAUCCCCCCACUCCUUCGCCCCCCUGUGCCAUGUUUCUAAAGAAGCGGUCCAAUACCCUGCGGACGCAUAAGGCGUCACAGCCAAUCCCGGCCAGUAGCCUGUCGGAUGCGUCGGUAUCGGUGGCCCCGAUCAUCCCCCCGCCAUCUAGCCUACACUCGGCCGGGGGCCCGGCAACUUUCCACCCACCGGGACCGAGCUCGCAGCAGUCGGCCUUCGAUCCGGGUUUCUUCCAGAGCCAAGCGGCUGGCCCGGGAUCCGGGCCAGGUGCCCCUCCCGCCGGGCAUUCACACCACCCGCGCCAUGACGACUCGCAUCCCCCCUCGCAGCACCACCAGCAGCAACCCCCCGCUACUGAGGCCGCCCUUGUGUCGCAUCCCUUUUUCUCCAACCCCAAUCCUCUCCAGUCAACACACUCACAACACCAGCAGCAGCAGCAGCAGCAGCAGCAGCAGCAGCAGCAGCAGCAGCAGCAGCAGCAGCAGCAGCAGCAGCAGCAGCAGCAACAGCAGCAUCACCAGCACCAGCAGCAGCACCAGCAGCAGCACCACCAGCAGCAGCAGCAAACGCCUCAGAGCAACGCCUACUCCGGGCACUACCACACCCCUCACGCCCCACCGUCUCUCCCCACCUCGACCAUCACCCCGCUGGCCCUGCUCGAGCAGCAGACCGAGCCUGGACCAGGUCCGAUCUUCUGCCGGGCUCCUCAUGCGCAUACGGUUCUCGUCAGCGGAAGCCUCCUGAGCCUGGUCACCCAGCCGAAGUAUGUCGACAUGCCGGAGUGGAUUGCCUCCAACUUUUUCGACUUCUUCCAAAACACCAACAUCAUUUUGAGUGCCGUCAACGACCAGUGCACGACUAAAAGCUGCCCACUGAUGAUGGCCGGCGAGUGCUACGAGUACCUUUGGGCCGAUCCCGAUCGCAAGGUUUCCCGCGUGUCGGCUCCGCAGUACAUCGACUUCACCCUGACCGCCAUGGCGGCCCAGCUGCAGGACCGUUCCCUCUGCCCGACGGAGGCCGGGUCCCCGGUUCCGGCCACCUUCACCUCGGCUGUGGCCCGGCCUGGACUCAAGCGCCUCCUCAGGUGCCUGGCGCACACGUACCACGCGCACUUUCCCGUGCUCCACGGCCGAGGCCUGGUGGCCCACAUCAAUACCCUGACCGUGCACCUGGUAUGCUUCUUGCUGUACUUCGACCUGAUUGAGCGCCGCGAAUUGGCCCCGAUUGCCCUGCUGGUGCGGGAGUUCGGCCGGGCCGGCCUCAUACCGGAUGCCCACUGGCGCGAUCUGGUCAUCAAAUAGACGGGCAGCAGAGGGCCAAGGCGUUGUAAGGUAGAGUCAGAACGGGGAACGAAGGAGCAAGAGCCCGAAGAACUGACACCCACCAAGGGCCCACCCGGACCUUGCCCAGUCGGCUCCUUUGCUGGUCCCCCUUCCCGGCUGGCCUGCCCUUUCUCGGCUCUCCUCCAGCCUUCCUCCCCCUGUGGUGUCCACCUCUUCCCGAAAGUCCUGUACGGAUCCCUGCGCGCCAUGGGCCAAUCAGUGCACAUCUGGUGGGGCAGCAAGAGGAGGAGGAGGGAGGGGGGGGGAAGGUAUAUAG